AUGUUUUCGUGUUUUUUAAACGUUUUUGGAUGCUGUGAUGAAGUAAGGAGAACACUUUGGAAAGGUCAUGUACGAAGAAGUGAUGCCAAUGCUCAUCAUGAACUCAGAGAUUCCGAUGAGGAAGAAAUGCAUCAUGGAUUGGCACAACAUGAUAUGAUCGCUGGCAGAACUAGUAUGGAUAGAACGUCCAUGCAAGAAGAGCACGAACUGGCUCAUGAUGGUAUGACAGAUGAGGAAUUUGCUCAAUUAUUGCAACAGCAAGAAUAUGAAGAAGCAGCACGAAGAAGCAGAAGUGGCAGUACAAACGUUGUGUCAUCCUCUUCGGGCAGUAAUGGAAGAACAAUGGUUGACUUGGGAGAGUCAUCUGCAUCGAAUGUGAGGGAAGAGCAAGACCAGGCUUAUUUGAGAUCUUUGCAAAGAGAUCAGGAAAGAAGUAGGCAAGAGGAGUUAGAAAGGCAACGACAAGAGCAAGAGGAACGUGAACGACAACGACAAGAGCAAGAAAAAAUUAGAAAAGAACAAGAAAAAAUUGUAAAAAGAAGAGAAAAAGCAACCAAGCUUAAGCCUGAGCCUGCAGAGACAGAGAGUAAUUUUUCAAAAGUCCUUAUUCGAUUGCCUGAUUCUUCACGAUUGACUAGAUCUUUCAGACAUUCUGACACCAUUGGAGAUAUAUUUGAUUAUUUGGAUGUUACAAAAGAAAUAGAUGUAGAUAAGCUUGUGCUAGUAACCACUUAUCCAGCUCGAAGAUUUUCCUACGAAGAGCACGCUGGACUUUCACUUGCGGAAGCCAAUUUAAGCGAAAAGCAGGUCUCACUGAACUUGGCUGAGAAAUAA